AAUUAUAAAAUUAAUAAAUAUAUAUAUGAGUAAAAUUACAAAGGAGGAAGCCUAUAAAUUAAAGAAAUUGUUCUUUAAAUCCUAAAAUAUACUAGAUAAUUAUUAACCUAAAAAGUAUACAAACAUAACCUCUCGAUUACCAUCUCUUCCAACUUAUCAAUCCCCUAAAUUAAUCUAACCAAUGAAAAAAUGUGUGACUCAAUCUAUUAAAGAACUUCUUGUAAUUUCUAUCAUUACUAAUUAGAAUGCCAACGUUUAUUAAUAUGUUGAAGGAAUUUUAUACACAGAAGAUUUUGUAAAUCCUCUUAAAAAAUAAGCUUCCAAAGUUAAAAAAAUUGUUAGAUUUGAUAAUUGA